AUGGCAUUAAGAUCUGUCAAGACCGUGGCAAAGAACUUUCAAGAUCGUCGUGCAGCAUCGUUCAAGAUCAGUGGCAUCGGUGACUAUCCUGAUGAAUACAAUCCUAAAGUGCACGGACCGUACGAUCCGGCCCGUUUUUACGGUACACCCGACAAGCCGUUUUCGCAACUUAAACUCUGCGAGGUUACUAAUUGGGUGAAGUGUCGCAAUAAAUCGCCAAAAUCAAUCGCUGGAUUAUUUUCACGCGCUUAUUGGAGGUGGUCACACCAAUAUGUACAACCGAAACGUUCAACAGUUGCUCCGUUAAUUCAUAGUAUUGUCGGUAUGAUGUUAAUAUUUUACAUCAUCAACUAUGGCAAAAUUAUCCGUGGACGUAAUUACAAAUACCACUAA